UCUGUCUCUCCUUUUUCUGGUUUCUCUAUUUUCAAACCCAUCUCUUCUCUAAUUUUCCUUUUUCCUACCAAUUUUCUCCGCAAACAAACACAAUUUCACUUCCGCUUUUCAACUUAUACCAAUUUUAAUCUUUGUUUUCAUUUCUUUUUUGUAAAGCGUUUUUAGUGAGACUCUUUUAAGACUGUGUUUUUCUCUGUUUUUGGUUGUGUUUUUUUUUUAUUCUUUUUUUUUUUUUUUUUUUAGCUUUUUUUUUUGGUUACCCUAAAUGUUUGAGCUAUGGACCUGACUCCUGCAAUUUCCACCGCCGCCGCCACCAUUUCCACCGGUGGAGGAGCUGUGAAAUCCCCUGAAUUAGAAUCCGAAACACCCAUCAAAAUCCAACCCACCACCAAAUCUCACCCCUUCACCAACGGCGUCCUCAAGCGCCACCACCACACAGCGCCGCCCCCUCCUCAGGUGGUUUACAAAGAAUGCCUCAAAAAUCACGCCGCCAGUUUAGGCGGCCACGCUCUAGACGGCUGUGGUGAGUUCAUGCCAUCCCCAACCGCCACCGCCACGGAUCCCACCUCCCUCAAAUGCGCCGCUUGCGGCUGCCAUCGAAAUUUCCACCGCCGUGAACCGGAUGACCCAAUCGCUACUCCAACGACAACCCAUGUCAUUGAGUACCAACCCCAUCACCGUCACCACCCGCCGCCUCCGUCUACGGCGGCGGCGGCCCAUCGGAGUCCGAGUUCCGCAUCUCCUCCUCCGAUCUCCUCAUCGUACUACCCUUCCGCACCCCACAUGCUUCUAGCCCUCUCCGGUGUGCUGCCGGAGAACGCUGGGGGCGGCGGUGGAUUCCACCACACGAUUCUGACUCCGAGUCCUAAUUCGAGAAAGCGAUUCAGAACGAAAUUCACUCAAAAUCAGAAGGAGAGAAUGUACGAAUUUGCGGAGAAAGUAGGAUGGAAGAUUCAGAAGCGAGACGAGGAUAUGAUUCAAGAAUUCUGCAGCGACGUCGGAGUUGACAGAGGGGUUCUCAAAGUUUGGAUGCAUAACAACAAAAACACCCUCGGGAAAAAAGACGGCGGCCGGAAUAUGAACGGCAGCGGUGGCGAAGGAGACGGCGACGAGAAAAUUAACGGCGGUGGCGAACCACACGCCACAACAAAUGGGUCGUCUUCAUCAUCUUGAUCUGAAUAAAUUGUUCGAUGCGAUGUUAGAGAGAAAAUCAGAGAUAGAAGAGUAAGCUCUUUUUUUUAAUUAUUAUUUUUAUUUUUAUUUUUAUUUUUUUUGCUCCUCUUCUUUAAAUUUUAAGUUCAUUUUCUAAUUACAUUUCAAUAUCUAAAUUUCCCACUCCAAAAUAUUUUCUAAUUUUGUCUUUAAUUAAAUUAACGAGAAGAACACCUUGAUAAUA